GCCCCCUGGCGCAGGGCGGCCCGGAAGCCGACCAGGGACUCCUGCGGGACCAGAUCCUGCAGAAUCGCCAGGAGUUCGAGGCCGCCAAAACGAAGGGCUCAUCGGAGCCUGUAACCCAGGCCUGCUCUGCGGCUUCGGCGGCCAGUGCGGAGACGGCCCCAGAGGCAAAGGUCAAGACUUGGAAGUGCUCGGACCCGAAGUGCAUGUUCAAGAACUUCGGGGUUCGCGAGCACUGCUGGAUGUGCACUGCACGGGCCCUUCCUCAUGUACUGGAGCAGCACUCGGCGAUCCGCCGUCGGGCGAUGCAGGGAGUGCAGCAGGAGACGAAGGGGGAGCCGCAGGGCGCUGUCAAGCUGAAGGUGCACGAGGGCAUCUGCACGAAGGAGACGGAGGAUCAGCUCACAGUGAAGGAGAGGUUGAUGAUGCUGGCCGCCGAGAGGGACACUCUUUGGGCGAUCAGUUGCCGGCUGGAGGAGGAGAGCAGGUGCUUCGCGCAGUCGGUGCUGGAUCGCAGGCUGGACAGCGUGCUGACUCCUCAGCCCGCUGCUUCUACAUCGGAGAUGGUGCCUCCCAAGACGAAGACGAACAGGAACGUGUUGGACUACGCGUUCACGUUGUGGAGGCGCCAGGUCGUCCGUGACCGCGGCUGUGUCUCCACUGGCGGGAACGCCCACGACUUCAAGAACUUCAAUGGCAAUGGUGUCGCCGAGCAGAGCGUCUUCUGGGGCCUCGACACGCUGGGCCAUGGCGCGAACUACGGGGAAGACGAGGCGAAGGACCACGGGCCGAAUCCCGUGGGCGCAGGGCUCUACGGCCACGUCGGUGGCGGAGACUUGGGCUCUGAUAUGCACGAUCGCGACGACGGCGAGGAGUUCACAAGCGGCAUCCCGGACCUGCCUCCGGUGCCGCUCUGGCCCUCCUUGCUUGUCGAGCUGGACGUCGUCACCGACAGCACUGCAGCUGUUGCCAAGGACGGCGACGAGUUGACUGGCGAACACUACCGAGCGAAACUCGAAAAGUGCUUGGCCCUCUUCUAUGACUCGGGCAGCAGCUCUGACAAGUCGAAGGCAAUUGAAGAGGUCAAGGCGAUGCGUGCCAUGGCCGCCGACUGGUGA